GCGUCGCAGCAGUUUGCAAGACACCGUCGACGGGACUCGUUACUCACGUGUCGUCCCGGUAUUUUUGUGCCGUAUAACGUCGUUCGUCGCGUAUCGUUAUAAAUUUUUGUCGAUUCAUUUAUUUUUUACUGUGCAAUUUUUUAUCGGCUUACCAAAAAUAAUCACUGCCCGACCACAUUUUAUGCAUUUAAUUUACAGUAUGACCAAAGUAACAACUCCUUUUUAAAUUCAUAGCCGUCCGCGGAGAGAACCCAAAAAAUGGGUAACUCUGGCAAUAUCGUGACUGUUGAUAUAAUUUUUUGAUGAUAUGUCGAAUACCAAAUGAAAAAUGUGUCACGGGGCAAUAUUUUUUCCUCUAUCUCGCAUGUUCGUGUGAUGCCCUUACCACAGACACCGGCGGCAACCAGUAAAGUCUUUUCGCGACGUUCCUGCACAUUUUAUUUGUGUACGUUGUUGACGAAUAACAGUACUUGAAUGAUCUUAAAUGGUUGGCGACACGGUUAAAAGCCCGUGGCGCGGCGGCGAUUAUGGUAGCGAACAAGCCUGCGGGCGGUCGCACGCUCUCGUUAAACACAACUGUCGUCGGUACCGGUGUUGCGGCGGUUAAUCAACAUCAGUCGGCCGGCGCACCGUUUUUGCCCAAGAGCCCUAGCUACCAUAGUGGUUUAGACUUGUUGGCUGAUCGGGACAAGUCUCCUAUAAUAAUGUUCUGUGACCCGACAAUACACUUGCCCAGACUUCACGAGGCUAAUGUGUCUGAACGGGAACAGUUGCUCAUUCAAAAAAUGCAACAGUGUUGUGUACUGUUUGACUUUAUUUCAGAUCCACAGUCUGAUUUGAAAUGGAAAGAAAUAAAACGAGAGACCCUUCAUGAAAUGGUUGAUUAUUUGUCAUCAAAUCAUGGAAAUGUGCUUACUGAAGCAAUUUAUCCUGAAGCUGUUAGAAUGUUUGCAGUAAAUUUGUUUCGUAGUCUGCCACCUUCAAGCAACCCUAAUGGUGCAGAAUUUGAUCCAGAAGAAGAUGAACCUCUUUUAGAAGCAGCUUGGCCUCAUCUCCAAUUAGUAUAUGAGUUUUUCUUAAGAUUUUUAGAGUCUCCAGAUUUCCAGCCAUCAAUAGCUAAAAGCUAUAUUGAUCAGAAAUUUGUACUUCAAUUGUUAGAGCUUUUUGACUCUGAAGAUCCUAGAGAAAGAGACUUUUUAAAAACCAUCCUGCAUCGAAUUUAUGGUAAAUUUUUAAGUUUACGAGCAUACAUACGGAAACAGAUAAACAAUAUAUUCUAUAGUUUUAUUUAUGAAACUGAACACCAUAAUGGCAUUGCAGAGUUAUUAGAAAUUUUAGGAAGUAUUGUUAAUGGAUUUGCAUUACCGUUAAAAGAAGAACAUAAAGUAUUUUUGUUAAAAGUUUUGCUGCCAUUACAUAAAGUAAAAUCACUUUCAGUAUAUCAUCCUCAACUUGCUUAUUGUAUUGUGCAGUUCCUUGAAAAAGAUCCUUCACUCACAGAACCAGUGAUUAGAAGUUUACUAAAGUUUUGGCCAAAAACACAUUCCCCGAAAGAGGUUAUGUUUCUCAAUGAAUUAGAAGAAAUUUUAGAUAUAAUUGAGCCAUUGGAAUUCCGUAAAGUGCUCAAGCCUUUAAUUCAUCAACUAGCUAGAUGUGUUUCUAGUCAACAUUUUCAAGUGGCAGAAAGAGCACUUUAUUUUUGGAACAAUGAGUAUAUUAUGUCUCUAAUGUCUGAAAAUGUUGAUGAAAUUUUGCCAAUUAUGUUUCCUGUAUUGUACAAAAAUUCUAAAACUCAUUGGAACAAAAACAUACAUGGUCUAAUGUAUAAUGCACUGAAAAUAUUCACUGAAACAAAUCCUGUACUUUUUCACACUUGUACACAACAGUUUAAGGAAGACAGGAAAACGGAAAUGGAAAAAUUGAAAAAAAGAGAUGAAAAGUGGCAUAGAGUUGAAGAACUAGCAAAAAGAAAUCCAAAUUUUACAGGUUCUAUUGACAGUAAUUAUUCCUAUUAUGGUGAUUUGACUAGGUCUCCUGUAAAUGAUUUGGAUCCAACUAUUGAUUUAAAAAGUUUAGAAGAAGAUACUAAAUAUCAUAUUGAUUCAGAUAACCGAAAAAAUCGAAAAGAAAAGCCACUGUUAAGACGUAAAUCAGAACUACCACAUGAUACAUACACGGUCAGAGCAUUGAAUGACCAUAAGAGAGCUGAUGAAUAUCUCUCUACUCCCCCUGAUGUUAAUAAGUGCUAGCUACACAUUUAAAUUGUGAUGACCAUAAUAUAUAUAUUGAGCCAUACAGUUUAAGGAAUUAGAAAUAUUAAAUGGUUACUCAACUCAUUAGAGGUCAUAAUAUAUAAAUGUUAAGUUUAUCAUUGUUAGGAUUUACUUGUUAUUAGUAGUACCAGCUACCAUGUUGUCCUUUCUACACUUGAAUUAAAAAUGAAGAAAGCUUAGCAAAGUCAAUGCACUAAAAUGCCUACUUUGGUUGUGUUAUUUAUUUUUGAAACAUUAAUAAAUAUUAAAUGUGUCAUUAUGUUUUUAUUUAUUUUAACACAAUAUUUUAUUAAAUAAUUUUAAUUAUCACUCUCUUUGUGUAAUAAGUUUUAAAUUUUGUACGACACAUUUCAGUUUAAGUGAGAUUGAACCAUUAAUUCAGAGAGUAUUUUUAUUUUAUUAUCUUGUUGGUUUUUCAUUUAUAUUAUUUUUUUAAUCAGAUUCAAUAGAAUAUAUUUUGUAUAUAAUUGUAAUGAAUGAUGAAAAAAACACUCUGUGGCUACAUUUUUUAUUAUUAAUAGCUUUAGAUAAAUAUGAAAUGUUUUAGUUAGUAUAUUAACUAUAUGUACCAACUUAAAUCAAACUUAAUUGAUCACAACUGGAAUUUUUCAAAUGGGGCAAAUUAUGUUAUUUAACUAUCAAGUAUUUUAAGUAUGAAGUACCAAAUACUAAUUUAUAUUUAGUUGUAUUUGGAUUAAAAAAUAUAAAUAAAUAUAUGUAUAUUUUAUAUAUUUAUUUAUUCAAAUAAAAUAUAAUGAUGAGUUCACGUUUUAAAAGUACUAUGUUAAUUGUUUAUUAUUAUUAAUUAUUUAUUUGUACCACAAUGUGUUAUAACUUGUAAAACCGUUAAAUGAGUAAGCCCAUCGACAGGGAUAAAUUAUUGUUUAACAACCUAUAAAAAUGUUAUAUUUAUGUUGUACAGUUGAA